AUGGAUGCCAAACCACAACGUCCCUCUCGCGCUAUUCGCCGUCAAGACGAGAACGCAAACCGUCCUAUAAUCCACAACAAGUCCGCCAACAACGUCUCUUCAGCCGCUGCCAACGCUGCUUUGGGGAACAUGGAAUCGCAGCAAUCCACUGGAGUCGGCCUCAGAGCCGCUGCCCGCAGGACCGCGUUCGGCGAUGUCAGCAACACAGGCAAGGGUAACAAUGUUACUACCUCAGGCAAGGAAAGUAGCAAGGGUGGUGUCACUGUCGUUCAGGAUAAGCAAGGUCAGAAGGCCACUGGCGCGAUCUCGAAACCAGCUCAGCGAGUCCAGGGACUCAAGCCAGCUUCUUCGAUCGCUUCCCAGUCUUCGGUCACGUCUCAACACGUUGCUCCAUCGAGGAACAUUGUCCGAAAGACCACAGUUUACCAAGAUAACAAGCGCCCGAGCCCGAAGAGGACUAGUCCCAAGCGAACCAGUCCAAAGGUUUCGCGAGAUGCGGUCGUUAAGAAGGAAUCGCAGCAGUUCGGUAGACAAGCUACUCGGCCCCGUAGCAAGGGUCGUGCGUCUAGGCCUCUGUCGGGUCUUUUGAGAAUAAAGCAACAUCAAGCUAAGGGUGAAUCUCCAGUCUAUUCGGACCAAGCAUCUCAAUCCUACUCUGAUAGAUACUUGGAUGAGGAUCAAGAGAGCACCGCAGCUGAAGCUGAAGAUGAUGAUGACGAAGACGCUUCGGAGGAUGAUGAGGCUCCGGGCGGUGCUAAGGCUAUUAAGGGUCAACAUGAGGUUAUCUCAGACUAUGAGAGCGAUGAAGGAGAUGAUGAUGAGACUGAGUACAACAGCGCAAGAGCGCGUGCCGGAGAUAAUACUACUGGGGUUACCACGCAAGUUCUUGUGCCAAAGAUCACGUCUCAGACCCGGAAGGAAUUGAGCAAGGUACAGCGGGAGUUCUUUGACGACGAGGACGAGGGUGAUAUUUCUAUGGUUGCGGAAUAUGGCGAUGAAAUCUUCGAGUAUAUGCGUGAGCUUGAGGCGAAGAUGUUGCCGAACGCACAUUACAUGGAUCAUCAAUCCGAGAUCCAAUGGUCAAUGCGCGCGAUUCUCAUGGACUGGCUCGUCCAGGUUCACACCCGGUUUAACCUUCUUCCCGAGACUCUCUUCCUCACCUCCAACUAUGUCGAUCGCUUCCUCUCGGCCAAGGUUGUCUCCCUCGGGAAGCUUCAACUUGUCGGAGCCACAGCGCUGUUUGUCGCCGCCAAGUAUGAGGAGAUCAACUGCCCGUCUGUUCACGAGAUUGUGUACAUGGUCGACAAUGGUUAUACCGCGGAAGAGAUUCUCAAGGCGGAGAGAUUUAUGCUUUCGAUGUUGCAUUAUGAACUUGGUUGGCCCGGACCGAUGAGCUUCUUGAGAAGAAUCAGCAAGGCCGACGAUUAUGAUCUUGAGACCAGAACGCUAGCAAAGUACUUCUUGGAGAUCACUGUCAUGGAUGAGAGAUUCGUUGGAAGCCCUCCAAGCUUUCUCGCUGCCGGAGCGCACUGUCUCGCCAGACAUAUGUUGAGGAAGGGAGAGUGGACACCUGCACACACCUUUUAUUCGGGUUACACUGCUUCUCAGCUGGAGCCGUUGAUCCACACCCUUGUCGAGUGCUGCGAGAAGCCGAAGACUCACCACGGUGCGGUAUACGAUAAGUUUGCUGAUCGGCGGUACAAACGUGCUAGUUUGUAUGUUCAGAACUGGAUGAAGAAUGAGGAGAGCAGUGAUGAUGAGUAA